GUAAACAACAGCUCACGAGACCUCCCAUUGAGUGCCAUGACAGCUGGUGCAGGUGUGAUGUUGCUCUGGCAUGUGUGAUCCCCACAUCUCUUCUUGAGGGUGACAAGCCAGACAGUAACCCCUUCAGUGCCAUGGCUGAGGUGUUAGGACAGAGGAGCUUGUUGGGAUUUGGUGUGGUAUUGGCCUGGCUGGUGCUGUUCCACCUGCUCGUGAACAUCUGGCUGCUGUGUGUGUUCACCAGCCUGCUGGUGGUUCUCGGUGGCUGGCUAGGCUCACAGGCUGUCCUGGAGUCCAACAGUGUGGUUCACCUGGAGAGGUUUAUCACACUGGAGCAGGUUCCACCGUCUGUGGAGGAUGAGCAUCACUUGGACCAAGAGAUCCACAACACAGUGAGGAAAAUCAUCAGGGACUUUGUCUCCUCCUGGUACUCUACUGUGUCCUCUGAGAGUGCGUUUGAAAUGGAGGUUCAAGAGGCCAUGAUCUCUAUGGCCAUGGAGCUUAAAAUGCGCGCAAGACAGGUGGACAGAAAGGAGCUGACCCAGAGGAUCCUGGACCUGUUUGGCUGCCACUUGCAGGAUUACCUGAGAGCCAAGGAGCUGGUGACCGAGCAGCAGAUGCCUCCAAAGUGGAGCAGUGAGAGUGAGCAGUUGUGGAAGGCAUAUUCCAGGGUUACCACACCUCACCCUGCCAUGAUCAGUGAUGCAGUGGAAGUCAACUACACCAGAGCACUAGUGGAUUUGUUGCUGCAUGUUUUGGUGCCAUCGCCUCACUUGGAGACCCGCACUGGACGCUUCGUUGUCGGGGAGCUCAUCACCUGUAAUGUCCUGCUCCCUCUCAUUGCUAAACUGUCUGACCCUGACUGGUUAAACCUUCUCAUGAUCGAAAUAUUCGGCAGGUCAAGCAAACUGCAGGAGACAAUUGCAGCAGAGCCACUGACUUCAUCACCAGCACUGCCAUCUCCUCCUGCUGAAACAGACCUUGCUCCACAACAAGAGACUUCAUGUGUACCUCAACAGAAUACUGAAGUUCCUCCACCGAGAGCAGAGACUGAAACGGUUAAUGAUGCAGAGAUGGUCAUGCCUGAACUCGCUGCCUAUGACGUGAUUGACUCAGAGGAGGUUGACUGUCCACAGAACAAUACUGAAGAAGAAGAACCCACUCAACCCUUUUUGAGGCAUUACAUGAGAGGAAGCAAGUCAAACCCAUUUUACCAGGAAAAUGAUUCUGACCUGGAUUCUCCAUUGGCUGACUAUAAACAGAGUUCCACUGAUUCCCUGGUAAUGAUAGGCCAAGAGGAGAGCCAGUAUGACAGACAGAAAGAAUGUGCCUCAUCUGUUGAGAACAACAAUGGCAUUGACUUGGAGGAUGUUUGCGCCAGUCCAGUGGAUGGCUCUUGCCCUAAAGUCCUGGUGAGUUCAGAACCAGUAGAGCAUCGGAAUGGCUGUGGCCCCUCAUUGGUAGGGACAGCAGAGGGGACUCCUGAUAUCAGCAGCCUCCAGAACUUGGAGAGAGAUGGUAGUUACCCCUCAGCAAACCCAGGCAAAGACCUUCUUCUGGGUGUAGAACCGGCUGGGCUUGGGAACCCCAAUGAGUUGACUGUUGUCAGUCCAUUGCAGGUCUCUUCCCCCUUGCCAUCGUUCAGUUUUGAGCCUCUCAGCAGCCCUGAUGGACCAGUCAUCAUCCAGAACCUCCGCAUCACUGGCACCAUCACAGCUAAGGAACACCGUGGCACCGGGUCGCACCCCUACACUCUUUACACCAUCAAAUAUGAGACAGCAAUGUGUUGCGAGAACCCAGGGAGCAUCCAGCCUGGCUCUGAGGAUACUGAAGCUUUACAGACAGGCUGUGAGAAUCCAUUACCCAUUCAGCCAGUGGCCUAUCACACAGUCAACAGACGAUACAGUGAGUUUCUUAACCUGCAAACACGUCUGGAAGAGAAAGCAGAACUACGAAAACUCAUCAAAGGUGUGAAAGGUCCAAAGAAAAUAUUUCCGGACAUGCCAUUUGGAAACAUGGACAGUGACAAGAUAGAGGCCAGGAAAGGAUUGCUGGAGACCUUCCUAAAGCAACUGUGUGCCAUCCCUGAAAUAGCCAACAGUGAAGAGAUGCAGGAGUUUCUGGCUCUCAAUACAGACGCCAGGAUUGCCUUUGUCAAGAAACCUUUUAUUGUGUCACGCAUAGACAAGAUUGUAGUGAAUGCCAUUGUGGACACCCUGAAGACAGCUUUUCCUCGUUCAGAACCUCAGAGCCCAACGGAGGAUAAUGAAGGAGAUGUGGAUGGAGGGAAAAUAAGAGUUGACAAGAAGAGCAAGUCGCGGCUGAAGUUCUCCAGUAAAAACAUCCCCUUUAUGAAUGGCUCAGACAUAAGACCACCAGUUUUGUUCAGUUGGGAACAAACUAGCACAGUGUUUAAUGGGAUGUCUAUGGGAGAUCUGAAAACCUUUAUCACUGAACAAGAGAAACUGGCCAUCAGACCUGAGCCAGAGAGGGGGGACAGUCCAGUGGUAGGAGAAUUCGGAGGCAAUCUGGAUGGCAGCUCGAGUGGAAAGCAGAGUCAGGAACAUGCAGCCGAGACAGCGUUGGCCGAAGUGGCUCUGAACAUCUUGUGUCUGCUGAUGAAGGAGCAGUGGAGCUGGCUGUGCACUGAAAACAUUCAGAGGACCAUCAGGCUGCUGUUUGGGACCCUUAUUAACAGGUGGCUUGAUGUGAGUGUAGCCAACCUGACAUGUACCAGGUACUGGGUGGUGUACCUGCAGGUCAUCCAGGAGGCUGUGUGGCCGGGUGGAGCUCUGCCCACUGCCCCUCGACUUGAACGUAGCCAGCAGCAGAAGGAAAGCACCAAGCAGCAAGCCUUACAUUGUCUGAUGAGACUACUGCCAGAUCUGAUCUCGGACAUGCUGGGCUCAGACAAGUACAAACUCAGCUGGCAGACUGCAUUGGACUCCCUUCAAGACCCCUACAUUAACAGACACCUGGUCUACUGCAUAUGUGACCUUUUGCUGGAGUUCCUGGUUCCUGAACUACCUGAGCAGGACUUCCAGAGGAGCCUGCUGCAGAGCCUCUCCAAGAACCCAGAGAAGCUGCUGGCAUGAGGGAACACCUAUGAACCCACCAUCCUAACUGGUCAUUCAGCACUGAUGAAUCGCUGCAAAUCAGUGCAACAGCGAGGCUGCUCCUGUUCUACUAAUGUUCUGCCAUGAGAGUGCAUGUGAAUGUUGCUGGUGUGGCUGAAUAUUCUCUGUCCCCGCUUUCAAAUCCUGAGGUCACUCAGGCCUGUCUCUAAUUUAGCGUUGAUGUAUUGACAUAUGAGGCUUUUGAACACGGUGCCCUGUAUACACACACACACUCACACACUACAUUUGAAGCAGCUUUGAUUACAUGAGAGCACCUGGUUUGUGUUUGAUCUUAGAACAUGUCUGAUGUGGCAAAGCCUCCUCCGAUCUCCACAUCCAGCCUCUUCCUGCUGGCUAAACUCUCCGGCUUUUACUAAACUCACUUCAGAUGGUCUUCACACUCUGCCCUCAUCCCCCCCACUGUCUCGAAGUAGAAAAACCCACACAUGCUCCUCUAAUUUGGAGAAGCAGGAUUUGUUUUUUCCCCAAAACUUAAAUCUCAAGAUGCUCUAUAGGGAUUUAGCAUCACUGUUUCUAUUCUCUGUUGAGCAAUUCUUCAAUAUCCCACUGGCUCUGUAUCGAGCCACACAUGUGAUUCUGACAUAAUGUGAGCUAUACUUCCUAAAUCUGAGCCUUCCUGAGGGAUCACAUGUGUCUGGUAAUGUUUUUUUUUUCAACCUGAAGUGUCCAGGUGUAGGAAAAAUACAUAGUGUGCACUGUGGUGAAGAGUUGUCCAUAAGAUAUUUUACUGGCUUCACAGAUACGUCAUUUUUUUUAACACGCUCCUCAGAGAAUUAUCUGCACAGUUAAUGUCUAAAUAAUAGAAGAACUGGGCUCCACAAAAACAGCUAUAUGAAGGAUGUAGGAAUGGUUCUGGCAUAGGUCCAUCCAUACAUUUCCAAAUGUAAGUUACUGUCCAGCACUGAACUGCUGGAGUCUGCACAAUUCAAAUCAGUUACUAGAAGAUCUUUGUUAAUAAGCAAAUUAAACAGCAGGCUUAAAGGGUUGGUACCCCGAAAUUACAAUGAAACAUAUUUUUUCAUUUACUUUUACUUCUAAAUUACAACAUCUGUCCAUUUGCAGAGUUUUGGCAUUAUUUGAUCAGGACUUAAGAUAUCUGUCUUUUCGAUUUUUUAUAAAAUUCAGCAGCUGUGUGUCUUUCCACUCGCCAAGGUACCAAGAUCUGAGUUGGGCUGGGUCCAAAUGAUACAGGUCAGGUCCAAGAGUUUGGACCCAUGAAGACCUCUAUUGAUGAAGAAACAGUCAUGUUCUGUGCGGGUAAUUGUUAAUUGAACACAAAAUAUGGUUAAAAUUACCACUUACUACAUCAGCUUUUAUAAAGGUUUUACAAGUUGUAACUAAUUGCUUUAUUUCUGAUACAUAAGUAAUUUACUAAGGCUUUAUACACCAUUCAUAAAUCAUUAAUAAGAACAGCUUUUGAGUCGCCAGGUUGUGAAUUAUCCCUCUGGUUUAUUAGAAAGUUAAACUGAUCUAUUAAACAUUAAUACAUGUUUUAUUAAGCAGUAAUAGAGCUAUUAGUUACAACUUAUAAAAACUUUACAAAGGGUGACUUGUUAGAAAAUGGGACCUGUUAGCUAACAGGCCACUCUCAUGGAGUUCAAUAACUCAUCUGUCAUCUUCUAGUCACCAUAGAAACCAUGUGAAGAGAGUUUCAGUCAUGUCAGCACACUGUUUACAGUCACUUUAUACAUAAUUUUGAAGGUUUUUGCACUUUGAAAAAAAAAAAAACUGCCUUAGCAUCUUAUUGCCUUUAUGGUGGUUACACAAUGAUCAGUGCUUCUUUCCCUCUUACGUAAAGACAAUAAGCAGGAAACUGUCAUAGUUUCCAGAAAAUAUCCUAAGUAUGUAUACAAAGUAUGUUACAACACCGAUUAUUUUCGAUAUCUUUAUCACAGACAUCAUGUGUAAUCCCAAUAUUUUAACACAGACUGUCUUAAAUACUGUUUAGUUAAUCUUUGAUAGCAGCUGGCCAGACGAUGAUGUAAUUUAAAGUGAAUCUGAGUGUCUCAACCUUUUCUGGUAACAUUUGUGCUCCCGAAAUUCUUAUGAUAAAAUGUAGAGAGAAUUAUAUUUGGAGUAUGGAGCCAGCUCCAAAUGGGUUAUGUUAAUAUUAAGAUAUGCAGUAUUAUCCCAUUGAAAAAUACAUGAAAUAUCAGUUAUGUCUUUUGCGACCAUAUAUAUUAAGACUUUGAGAAAUUUUACAUUCCAUCUGUUAGGUAAAAAAAAGAAGUCAAAUCUUAAUGUCACAAUCAUUCCAGUGUAUUUAUGAACUUAUUUAUUUGCUUGAUGUACUGAACAAUUACUUUUUCUGAAUUCCGUCCAUGAAAUAACGAGAGCUGUGCCAGUGCUGACAGAGAGGACCGUCCUCUGUUAUGAAGUGCUUUUUCCUUGAUUUUGCCUUACAAGGUGAUGAAGUUUGACCUGCCUGACCUGCACUGAUGCAACUGCAGUGGAGCCACUGUAUAUGCCUUAGUAGAACAUAAGCACCCAGUUACAGCUCUCUGUACUGAAACUAUUAACACAUGUUCUUUUUAUUGUGUCAAAUUGUGCUGAAUGUUGAACUGCUAUGGUUAUUAGUUGUGAAGAUUUUUUUUUGCUUGCUUAUGCUGAUGAAGUAAUUCCAUGUAUGUUGCCAUGUGAAACUGAAAAUUACACAGCACAAACUUAUUCUCUUAUCUAUGGCUGAGUGUCAAAAACAAUAGCUCACUUUCUCGUCGUAACAAGAUGGAGAUCUUUUUCACGUUGUAACAAGAGAUUUUUCAUGUUGUAAUGAGUUACAACAUGCUAAAAGAGUUCAAGUAGAAGAACUCGAUAUUUAUUACUACAUACUAUACUCUGUUUUUAUAAGAAACUUGUCCUGUUAUUAAAGCACCUCACUUUACCAGUUCUGCCAACAUUGUAUGGAAAUAUUGAGAUCGAUUGGUUUACAUGGUUUGAUUAUGUUUAUUUCAUGAUUGGUACGCAACGUAGCAAAAGUAUCACACAUCCAUCCAUUAUCUAUACUCGCAGGGUCACAUUGGGUGACAGUCAUGAGUUUUAUCACAGGGCUGAUGCAUACAGUACAAUCAUACUCACAUUCACACUUACAGACAAUUUUUUGAGUGGUUUCUAGCUAACAUUAAUAUGUUUUUAUCUUGGUAAAAAACUAUAUGUAGGCAAGCAGGGGUGGAGGGGUGAUUUAAGUAUGUGGCACUCAACACUUAAUUAAGUUUCAUUCAGCAUUUCUUCAAUUGGUCUUUCGCAAAAAAUGAAGUGUCUUUCUGGGGUUUACUUUUCCAUAUUCUGUGACAUAUUGGCAUGGCAACAGCACUUGCUUUUUGAGGUUGAAACCUUUGUGAUUUUAAGUUAAACAACAAUUAAAUUGUUAGCAUACAAAACUAAAACUCCCAUUAAAAAAUUAACAGUUUCACCUAAACAUAUGGAGUGAACAGCACAACAUACUGGAUCUUUUUCUCUUUAUAACAACAUACCAACUUACCAUGUUUUGUCUGCUGUACUUAUCUGCUUUAGUCAGUAGUAGAUGUUAGAUGUUCAAUUUUUCAUGGAAAAAAUGCACUGUGCUGUUUGUCUUUGGACCUUUACAUAUUUAUGCCAAAUGUUAAUUAGAAGAGCAACAGUUUUUAGACAGACACAACAUAGACACUAAAGCUAUAUGUUGAUGUCUUUUACAGUGAUAUAUGACAUUGUACAGCUCUACUAUUAAGUUAAAUCCCAAUUUCUAUCACCCCUGCCCCCCUUUUUCACCUUCCUGUCUUAUUUCCUAUCAGAUUCUGUGUCUGGUGUUUCUCUGCAGUGUGACCUGUGAACAUGUGCUGUUGUAUUGUGCAUAUUAAUGCUGUGAAUCUGUCUCUCCAUUUGCUGGCACUGAUUGUGUUGCAGUCUUUACAACAGUCGCUGUUUGUUUCUGAGCGUAUUUGCAAAAGACAAUAAAGUAACCAAACAUGACUUAUUAAAUCUUCAA